CACGUCGAGCAAUGAUUAUGUGUGUGAACACGGCUGUGCAUUGCGGGGCAGUGUAGGGGAUUCCGGCAUACAGAGACACGUUGCAAUGGGACGACAUGAAAAUAUAUAUAUAUUGCAAGUGCCGGCUUGGGAAUCCACACCCGGGAGCAUCCUUUGCCACUCUCUACUCCAAUGCUAUGAAGUCCAUCAAACAGAAGCUGAAACGGCUCGAGGACAGGACGAAAAAAUGGAGACUCAACUCACGACGGCUCGUACGAAUAAUCAAGGGCAAGGUUAAAGCAGGCCGUGCGGGCACAUGCAAGGUGGAAGCAGUAGCCACGGGAACUUUUCCGCAGCUUCCGGUCGAGGUGUGGGAGAACGUGAUCAACCAUCUUUGGGAUGAUCAGGAUGCUUUGGAGGUGUGCAUUUGCGUCUGCCGAGCGUGGUACCCUCCGAGUCGCUUCCACUUGCACAGGCAGAUCAAUAUUGGGAGUGUCCAGGGUGUAAAGGCCUAUGUGAAGGUGCUGAAGCAGACGCCCGAGUGGUCGGGGUGGGCGCACGAUAUGACCGUAGGAUGCAAGGAUCUGUCAGUACUGUGGCCGGCGGCGCUCCUGCUCGCUCGCAAGCUGCCCCGGCUCGUGCGGCUCACAAUCAAGGAUUCAGAGUGGAAGCCAUGGACGAUGCACAAAGACAUCUUCCUGCAUCUUUCGGCGUUCUCCAUCACUCGCCUCGAUCUGUUUCAUGUCACAUUCCCAUCACUCACCGUCUUUGGGCGCCUCGUCUGCACCCUGCCAGGCCUGGUCGAGCUCAAAUGUGACCGUCUGAAUUUCACACAUGACCACUUCCACCAUGAGACAUUUGGUCUAUAUGACAAUCGCCUCAAGAUCAGGUCUUUGUCACUCCAAGGAGGUCUAUACGUGAGACCUAACAAACUCAUCGACUUUCUUGCUCAUCCUUGCAUCUCGAACACCUUGCAGAAACUCGUCAUCGAUGUUUCAAUCUAUAUCGCUGAAUCACAAUACGAAUGGGGAUGUCAGCGAUUGUUGGAUGCUGCAUCUGGCUCACUCUCAGAACUGCGAUUGGAUCUUCCGCCCUCAAUACCACGAGGAGACGAAAAGGUGUCUGCUGCAGCGCUAUCCUUCGCUUAUAAUACCUCACUGCGGAGACUAUGGCUAACAUUUUAUGAUAUUUCUCGAAACCUGGACCCGUUGAGUCAAGUCUUACUUUCAAUCAAGUCAGGCGAGCUCCGAGAAAUUGUGAUCGUAUUCCGUUGGAGUUCAAGCGCAAUCGAAAUCAAUGAAUUGAAGAACAAAAUGAAGGACUUGCUCACAAUCUAUAAGACUGCUCUCUACGAAAAGAUAGACAAAUAUCUUGCAUCUGACUCGUUCGGAGUGCUGAGCAGAGUAGAAUUUGCACUUUCACCCUGGCAUGUGCGAUUUGAAGGCCGCGUUGUGGACGAUACAGUGAUCAAGGAGCUGUGGAAGCAGAACCUUCCAUUGUUAUUCCCACGAUUGACCGAGCGAGGUAUCUUCCGCGCCACAGUGAGGGGACUUUGGUACGAAGGAAACUUUUGAUCACCACGGCCAUUAUAUCUCCAGCGGAUGCUUCUCGUCUUCAUGGGCUUGUCCGCACUCUGGCAACAUGCUGAAAUGGACCGCGAAAGCUUCUAUCCUCAUCUCUCCGGCUUUCCGAAGGGUCAUACGGUCCUGCACGUUCUUGAUUACCCAUCAUGGUUUCCUUCCGCAAGUCCCUACUCCAUCAUCUGCGAAUUCCAGCAUCUGAUACCCUGCGCACUGCCAUCGCCGUCCGCACACUCAGACAUCCCUGUUCUCCAUCUCGUCUCCAUCUCGUCUCUACCUCUUCCAGACCGUAUGCUCCGCCAGCAAUCCCUCAUCCCACGACCGCUAUAUUCCCAACUCAUACGCUCUCAAGUACGCGUUACUUGCUGGAAUCAACCCACAAGGUCUCCAUAGCAGCCAGGAGAUCUUGGUAAGAAUUCUAUAAAAGACGUCUAUCCGACCGUUUCGUCGUCUUCACGGCGAUGCAAGGAGCGCUUAUUCUACGGAGCU